GGCUGCUGCCUCCGCUGCUGCCUCCUCCUUCCCCACCUCCUCCGUCAGGGGAGCGUCUGCGGGGGCCUGAGGGGCGGCGGCGGCGGCAGCGGCAGCGGCGGUGUAAUGGAACCGGGAGCCGUCGGCCGAAGCGCUGCUCGCGGGCCGGGGGCCGGGCCUCCGAGCACUCCGCAGCCCAGGGAGCAGGAGCGGAAGCUGGAGCAGGAGAAGCUCUCCGGAGUGGUGAAGAGCGUCCACCGACGGCUCCGUAAGAAGUAUCGAGAAGUGGGAGAUUUUGAUAAGAUCUGGCGAGAACAUUGUGAAGAUGAGGAAACGCUUUGUGAAUAUGCUGUUGCAAUGAAAAAUUUGGCAGAUAAUCAUUGGGCAAAAACUUGUGAGGGUGAAGGUCGCAUUGAAUGGUGUUGUAGUGUAUGCAGAGAAUAUUUCCAAAAUGGUGGGAAAAGAAAAGCACUUGAAAAAGAUGAAAAAAGAGCGGUACUCACCACUAAGACCACUCCAGCCUUAAACAUGCACGAAUCUUCUAAACUUGAAGGUCAUUUAACCAACCUCAACUUUACAAACCCUGAAUUUAUAGCUGAGUUGCUACAAGCCUCAGGAAAAAUCAGAUUACUUGAUGUUGGCAGCUGCUUUAACCCAUUUUUGAAGUUUGAAGAAUUUCUAACUGUGGGCAUUGACAUCGUACCUGCAGUAGAGAGUGUAUAUAAGUGUGACUUCCUGAACCUACAACUUCAGCAACCACUUCAACUUGCACAGGAUGCCAUAGAUGCUUUUUUAAAGCAGCUGAAAAACCCUAUUGAUUCUCUUCCUGGAGAACUUUUCCAUGUGGUUGUUUUCUCUCUCCUUCUUUCCUAUUUCCCAUCACCUUACCAGCGAUGGAUUUGCUGUAAGAAAGCCCAUGAGCUGUUAGUAUUAAAUGGCUUGCUACUUAUCAUCACACCUGAUUCCUCCCAUCAGAACCGCCAUGCUAUGAUGAUGAAAAGCUGGAAGAUUGCUAUUGAGUCCCUGGGUUUUAAACGCUUCAAGUAUUCGAAAUUUUCUCAUAUGCAUCUGAUGGCAUUUAGGAAAAUAUCCCUUAAAACUACAAGUGACUUGGUUAGUCGGAACUAUCCAGGGAUGUUAUAUAUUCCUCAAGAUUUCAACAGUAUAGAAGAUGAGGAGUAUUCUAACCCUUCCUGCUAUGUUCGAUCUGAUAUAGAAGAUGAACAACUAGCAUAUGGUUUCACAGAGCUACCCGAUGCUCCAUAUGACUCAGAUUCUGGAGAAAGUCAAGCCAGCUCCAUUCCCUUCUAUGAGUUAGAGGAUCCCAUAUUACUUUUAAGUUAAUACAAAAGCAAACUGCUCUUUCAGUCCAGACUCUAAACUAAUUGCAUACACUAAUCAGAAAUACUAACAUGAACUCAGUACUUAAAAUCUGGUUUGCAUAGAAGAAAUGCAAAGGUUUACAGAGUUUGCUAUUUUUUUCUACUUCUGGAUUUAAAAUUUUAUUCUUAUAUAGAAAGCUUGAAUUUCAUGCAGUGAGUUCUAUCCUAGCAGAAACCACUGUUACUUUAGCGUUUCGCACUAAGAUAUAGAAAGGUACCUCUUUUCUCUUUAGUGCUAUUGUUAAAAAGAUGAAACAUAAAUUCCUACAUAUUUUCAUUUUCUUCAGUUGUUCAGUGUUGACUUUAAAACUAUUGCAUUGAGAAACCUUAAGUAGAAUGUUGUAGAUUGCACUUUGAUGACUCACAAGUUCAAUAUGCCAUGGAAAUAGACUGGUUUAGUUUUUUUGUGCUGCACUUACUUUUGUCUUUUUCUUUAAAUUGUUACCUGUUACAGAAGUACAUUUUCUAUUCAGUCUCAUCUGAUGAUCCAAUAUUUCUGAGAUUUUUGGAGUUGGUGGUAAUGCUUUUACUUUUGACAGCAACAGACAUUGGAAGAAAAAAUAUCCCUAAAAUGUAUAUUCUGAUUUCAUUAGCACAAUACAGUAAACACCAUUGCCAAAGUAUUAUUUUAUUAACUUUCUUGUUGAUUUGGGCCUUGGUGGUAAGUAUAUUUAUCCGUGAGUGUUCAGUUUUAGUUUUUUAAAAUUUAGGUCUCAUUUACAGUUUUUCUUUUCCAGCAAGGAACAAUGUAUAAUACUCAAUGCUGACUGAAAACACCUUUGUGAAAGGGUUGCACUUGUAAGAGACUUUAUGUUCUAAUGAGACCAGCUUUGAUACAGUUCCACCUUCCUGUGAAGGAGGUGCUGCACUACAACUCUGGAAUAUAUAGGAAAAUUUAAAAUUAACCCUGUACUAGUAAUCUCACAAAACGAUCUUGACCUUUUGAUACCCUAAUUUCUUUCUAAAUCCUAGCAGAAAAUUUUCUUUGAAUAAAAACUGUUAGUUGGCUGUGGGAAUUUUCCCUUUCCACAUUGACAAAUGCCUUUCUGUGCUUCUGAAUCAGAAGCAAAUGACUAAGAAGAAAUAUAUGUCCAAACAAGACAAGUUACAAACAGUUAAGAACAUUUAGUCCAUGUUGUCUUGUCAGCCAGCAAUUGUCAUGUAAACUAUCAUUUUUUAAGAGUGCCACUGUGUGGAUUUUUUUUUCAAGUGGUUAUUACAUUAAAAUUACCUCAUACUGAGGUUUUUGCACUGAAAUAUCACAGUUUCAGAUUUCAUGGUUAAUGUUGUGUGUACGUUUGUAUUUUAAAAGAAACUUGCAUUUUCCAUAGUUGAUCCUAAAUUUCAUACACUGCACUUCUUUACUCUGGUAAAACUGAGAUUUUUGUGCUUAUUGUGAAUUGCUAUAAUUUACUUUGAAUAUCAAAUUUCAUUUAGAAAUACAAAUUUGGCCUUGAAAAUUUUGUGUGUGUGUACCCCAUAUUUCAGAGUAAAUUUCACAUGCUAAAUUAAUGAAAGUAAUUAACCUAAAAAAAAGUCAAUUGACUAAAUAUAAGAAAUGUUGGUUGCUCAAAUACACUAUUAAGUAACCUCAAUUUUUCACUUACUCUCAAUGGCAUAUGAUCCAUUAAUAAUUAGGGUUGGUUUUUCCCCCCAGUUAGGUACUAAAGGACCCGGCCUUACAGUUCCCUCAAAAGAAAAAUAGAAAGGAAAACAAAUUAAAAAGCAGUAUGUUUAGGAGAGUUGGUUUGGUGUUACACCUGUUCUUUAUUCUGUUUGAUUUGGCUAAAUCUAAUUCUAAGAGCAAAGAAAACAAUAUACCAAGUGAAAGUACUUGGAAAGCAUAUGAAAAGCAGUGCUUUUCAAAGGGUGAUCUAAAAAUGACCUUUGAGACAGCUUUUGUGUUGUAGCUAAAAUGUUGGUGCUAUAGAUUCUUCUCACUGUUUACAGGUGUUAAUUUUGCUUAUGCUCCAAAAUGUGCAUGAUAUAUUUUUAAGUAGUAUUUUAAAAACAUUUUUUGUAAAACUUACUACCCCUUAGUAUAAAUUUAAUUCAAUCUAUAUCAUUUGUUCAACUUACUCAAUUUAAGUUGGCACAGGAUUUAAUCCAACACAUACUCCACCAAGGCCAGUUCAGUGUGGAAAUGUGGAACUAUAGGCAGUCGUUGUGGCUUGGUGCCAGAUUACAUGUGUAAUGACAAAUGAAGUUGUUAAGGUCUUCUAAUUCUGUAUGGGUACUCUUAAGAAUAUUUUGUUAUAAGAAGUUAAUGAGCCUCCUUGUCAUAUUCACAGCUAUUUCUCCAAAAAAUGGUAUUUCAAAGACAAAUGACAAUAAUGUGGGUGGAUUUUUCAGGAUCAUGAAUAGAUCAUGUGGUUUUACCAUAGUUGCCAAGUGGUUGGACGUAGCAUACCUGAAAGUGUAUGUUUGUGUUUGUUGUAUUUUUUCACAUUUUGUGAACAAAGCACAUUUAUUAAAAAUUUUAAAUUUUCUAAGA